AUGCUGCCAUCAGACGAGUGGUGGGUUGUCACCUUCUCGGUGUCGCCUGCCAUCGACACAAUCAAUGUUACGCUUGCUCUGCUGCAAAAGAGGUCGCUGCUGAUCGCGCAGCAGGAGGAUCAUAUUCAUGCAUUGAUCGAGGCUCUCACCAGCAUGUUCCAUAUUGAAAUUGAGCAGUCCGGUGAUACUGGGGCCGAGUACGUGGCAUUCCACUCGAUGCGUGUGCAUAUCAACGACAUUAUCGCUCACAUUGAGGAUCAAGGUUCGCUUGCUAGGGCAUGCUAUGAACGCCUAGACGAAGCAGCCAAGAAAGCGGUUGUUCGACAGAUCGCCGUAUAUGCCAUGAUUCUGGUCGACGGCUUGGACGGCGUCGAGGCUGAGCGUGAUGGCGCAAUCUCGGCCUUGAGCAGGAUGCUCCACCUGUAUCCGUACCGCGAGCACAUCAGCAAACACUGGAAGAUCGACAAUGUCGACGGAAUUGAGGCCAACCACCGAGACUUACUGAAGGCGUACAACGCGGAUGAGACCCUGCGCGAGAUUAUUGACAAGCACACAGUUGCCAUCGAUUUCAACGAAGCCUGGGACUCUGUUUCAAACCGAUUCCAUCAACUGCGAUCCUUUUGUGGCGGACUGGCGACCGUGUUCGCUAACACCACCUCGGUCGAUUCGGAUUUCUCAAUUUUGAAAUGGGAAAUGGACGAUAACCGCACCAGCAUGAUGCACCUCUCACUGGAGGGUAUCUUCCAGGCUAAACAGCGAGUCAAGCUGCAGUUAUUGGUGCUCUAG